UGGGCAUUUCAAUGGCGGAGUGGAAGAGCAUGGCGCCGCGAAAUGCCGAGGCGAUGCCGCUCCAAUGCGGAUGGGAAUGAGGUCGGUCUCCUGUCUUGCUCGAUUCGAUUACUGGAAAUCUUCGAUUGCGCGCGUCGCAAUCGCGGGAUAAUCCCAGGCCUGCAUGCCAGGGCUUGGUGACGUUCCUCCUCAAUCGACACAGGGAUUCACUCUCUCUCUCUCUCUCUCUCGAUUUUCUUCCUUCCAACGCAGGUCUCCCCCCCAGGACGGCAGUGGAAUGCCUGCGCGAUACAAUGCUGGAGCCAUGGCGGCCAGCGAUCUCCACGCCAAGAGGAGCCGCCGGCUAGCCGCUCGAUUGGAAGGGGAGCGCCAUGAGUUUCACGAAGAGCGGCAAAGGUUAGCGUCUCAGUAGCUCCAUCAAUCGUAGCUGGGCAACGUAGGGGGGAAUUUUAUAAUUAAUGGCAGGGAAGGGAAGAAGAGAUAGAAAUGGAAGAAGGAAGCGAUCAGAAGAGCUGGGCAGAGUGGCAGCCAAAUACUCAGCGGUGGCAGCUCUACUGGCGCUACUCACAUUGAUCGUCACACCCGCGACUGGCCGAGAGCUCCAAGACGAUGAUCCAUUGCGGAAGGAGUUUUCUCAGUGGAAACUCUUGGAGGACAACGAGAACGUCGUCAAGGAAGAAGUGGAAGAUAAGUUGGCCGACUUGGACAGGAUCCUCCAGAGCAGCGCCUUCGCUUCAUUCGGCCACCCGGUAGUCACAGGCCAAAUCUACGACGUCUCGGUGAGGAAUUCCUCGCUGAGCUCGCGGGUGAUGGUGAGGACGGUCAGGCUCAAGAUGGGGAGCUUGGUUCAUCGCGGUUUCACUCUCGAGGAGUUUAGCAUUCCAACGCGGGCGGGGCCAUUCGGGGUGGCGAGGAUAGUUCUCGUCUACCGACGAUUCAUCGGCAAGCUCUACGAGCCCAGGGAUCUGAUCAUCGUUUCUCCGGUUCUCGGGAUCAAAGUCUACGACGCAGUGAAUCUCUCGGCGACCAACGCUCCCGAGCUGGAUUUCGUUUCGAGAGGCCUGGACAACGUCACCGUCCGGAUCCCAGUCUCCAGAACCGACGUCACCGGCGUUCCUCAGUGCGCCACCUUUGACGCGCUUGGAAACGUCUCCGUGAGCAGCGUGACGAGCUCCUCAUCGCCGGGAGCGUCCUCGUACGUGUGUUCUUCCAGAAACUUGGGAGACUUCGCGCUGGUAGUGCCGCUGGGAUCGAUUGCUCCGGCUUCCGGCCCGGCCGCCGCUCCACUGCCGCUAGCUGCUUCGCCGCCACCACCCGGAAGAUCGCGGCGGAGGUCGAGGAAGUGGAGGGUGAUCCUGGGAGCUGUUCUUGGCAGCGUCGCGGGGCUGGUUUUGCUGGGCUUGAUCGCCGUGGCCGCGACGAGGUACCGCAGGAAAUCGAAGCUCUCGAAAAUGGAGCAGCACUCCGAUCGAGGAGAGAUGCUCCAGACGUCGCUCAUCGGUGGAAGCAGGGCGCCGAUCGCUGGUGCUUCUCGUACCAGGCCAGUGCUGGAAUCCGACUACGCUGCUUCAUCCUGAUCGAUCGAUCCAAUCGCGAAGAAAAAGAGUGUCAGUUCCUGAUGAUCCAGCUCCUCCAUCGAUCCUUCUGAUUUUUUUGUGCUUUGUUCUUCUCUUCACGAAUUUGUUUCUAUAUGUAUUGACUAUCUUGUGUGUUCCAAGCGAAUAAGACUGGGUUCCAUUCCAUUUGAUGGUA